AUGUGCUCUGUGGUCCUGCGCUUUGCAAGGUGUUUUCCUGCUCAACCUGACGCCUUUCAGCAUCCAAGCGACAAUCGGAAAAGGCUCGAAGGCCGUGCAGCUGAAGGAGAACUCAGGGAUGUCUUUGGGCUCGGACACGACCACUAUCCGCCUCGCGCUGUCCCUGUCGAAGGACUCGCCCGGGUGGCUGCCGCAAACUUUGCCGCAGAUUGUGGUGUCACCAGUCGCAGGCGAACAGUCCGUGCAGCUGCCAGACGCAGAGCACCUUCGGGUGCUUUCCUCCAGGUGGAGAGCGGAGGAGUCCAGCCAUGCCCAGCUGAUCACCUUGCUCUGGUCCUGGCCACACAGGCUGCGUGGCAUCCGUUUCCAUGA